GCGGGGAGGGGGAAGGGGAUGAGUCUCUGACACACACACACGCGGACACGGCACCUUGUAUAAAGACACGGCACACACACACACACACACACUCUCGCACUCAGUGAAUGCACCGCUCGGCGAGGACAGGACCCCCAGCCGUCGAACCAUCCUACAGACAGACAGACAUGAGGCCCCCUGCUCGCUCGCAUGGAUCACAGAAUCGGCUUUCCAGGCCAUAUCAUAUGAUAUGGCUUCCUGUCUUGCUUGCAACAGAUAUGGACAGUCAGAGAGAGAGAGUAAGUCAAUGUAGGUAGAGAAAGAGUACGAACGAUCAACGAGGGAGGCGACAGACACCAAACGAACCACCACCUGACACAGAUAGAUCUCAUCGCAUAAGUAAGGAAUGCAUUGCAUCCGAUUCGGUGGCAAAAAUGGUCACGAAAACACAUACAGAACACAAACAACCCACUAGAUGACCACGCCCCCCCGGCCCCUCACAGAUGCAUCGCAUCAGUCCACCAUUUACCACACCGCAACACCCACACCCACACGCACGCCAUGUCACAAGAAGCAAGCAAGAAGGAGGAAGAAGCCAUCAUCGAUGGCCCCACGAGAAGCCCCUCAGCCAGCCAGCCAGCCCAGCCAGCCUGCGCGAGAAAGGUGUCGAGACAGGCUGAGUAAUAGAACCCAGGGAGGCAUCCAUGCAGGCGAAAGAAGGCCGCACACACACCCACACACACUCGCACUCACCGGACGGCCAAUGCACUCAGCAGCACACACAUACAAAUAACACCAAACGAUCGAUCACUGUCCCUCUCUCCGUCUGUCUGCUGACCUACACACACCCGUCCACACACUCAGAUGAAACCACACACCCACACACAUCACAUAGGUCCCUCAUGCAUUCAUUUUCCAAAAUACGAAGAUACAUACAGUCAGCCAGCAGGCAGCUCUCUGAGUGCAUCUCACCUCUCAGCUUACUUACCCCUACGCGUGUGUGUGUGUGUGUGUGUCUACAUCCUUCCUGUGUGUGUGAGGGUGUGGGUCGGUGAAGGUGGGGGUGAGUGUAGUGAGUGUAGUCGAUUCGAUGUGUGUCAUGUGAGCGCGUCGCAUCCGCCCGUCUACAAAAACGGGUCGGGCUCAUUGCAUUGCGCGAGAGACCUCCCCUCCCUUCCCCUGCCCUGCCACACCAUACAUACCAACCAACAUGCCAUGCAUCUCUGUCUGAGUGUGUGUCGUCACAGAAGUACACACACAUUACAGACAGACAGACGGACAGAUUUCAUCCUUCCUUGUACGCCUACGGAAGCCCACACCCCACCCCCGAGCCCACCCACCGGAAUGUCUCGUGUCGAUGACAUUAUGUGUGUGGGGGUAUCUUACAGCCAGCUGCCUGUCUGCCUGUCUGUCUGCCUGCCAGCCGGCCAGCUACUGAGCGGACCGACCACCAGGCCAGAAACAGUCACCACACCACACCACACCCCCCACCCACCCUCCGGCUCCCUUUAUUCAACAGAGGUACCGACCAACAACCAGCAGCGACAACACAUACAGAUGGAUAGCUUCACCAGCAAAAUCUCCCCUCUCCCUCCCCCCCUCCCCCCACCACUGACUACAGCUCGUCCGUCCUCGUGAUGGCCGGCGGGGUCAGGCUGCCAACGACCGAUGAGGCGUCCCUAAAGCCGUCGAAAAUGCCGCUGUCAGGGGGCGUGUUGGGCAGCUGAGACGUCAGCACCCUCUCGGGCGUCACCUCCCUACUGCGGGCCGACGGGCUCCUCAGGAACUGCUGGGCGCGGCUGCCCCACUCCUUGAGCUUGGUCGAUAAGCGGUUGCCGCUGAUCUGACGCGCAGCACCGUGCUGCUGCUCGUUCUUGCCAGGUGGCAGGGAGAGCGACACGGCCUCGGCUGGGAGGGGCGCGGGGGAGGUGACCAAGGACACGGGGGCGCUCUCGGCCGCUGACACCGGCUGCCCUGACCAGGCAACCAGGUCGCUGUUGCUGAGGCUCUCCUGCAUACCGCCUCGGAUGCCGAACGUCCUUCUUCCGCCACUGUUGGCCGUCGUGGCCGUGGCGAGAGCUAGGUUCCCUUGGCUGCCCCCAGGGUCACGCAGCACGAAUCUCUGGUGCAGCCUGGCUCGUUCGCUGUCGACAGGGGGGAUGGGGGGGUAGAGAGGGGCUAUGGGGUUGGGGCUGGCGCCGGUGCUCUUGUUGCGUGUGACGGGCGUGCCGGCGGCGGCGGCGGCGGCCAUGGCGCUGAAGGAGAGGGGGUAGGGGAGCACCUUGGUCAGGUCCUUGCCGGCAUUGCGGGGGGCAGCUGCAGACCAGACAACCCAAACGACGUUUCGUGAGUGAGUGCUCGUUGGGGGGAUGGAUGGAUGGUGGGCGGGUGCUUACGGUCAAUCUUUGGCGGCCACUCGUCUUUGGCUUCGUCGAAUUCCAUCCAGAACUCACUGCACACACACAGACACAGCCGCCGAGACAGCGGAUGAACAUUGGGUGGGCGGAUCGGAUCGGUCUUUCGUCCGUGUGUUCGCUGACUGACUCACCAGUUUCUGUUGAGGUUUUCGACGCAGUCGUGCUGCACCACCUCCGAGCAGUAAAACUCGUUCAUCUGACACACACAGCAGCAGAGAGGAAACAGAGGGCGUCUAUCUGUUGCACACACUGGUGUCUGUGCGUGUGUUGUGUAGGUGGGUGGCUGGCGGACCAGGUCGUAGACGGGCUUGACGAUGUACUCGAUAAACCCGACCUGACUCUCCCGCAGAUCGAGAUUGUUUCGGUCACACAGGGGGCUCACCGGCAGACCCAACUGCACCACAUACCACAAACAGCACACCCAUGCCCUCACUCGGCGUGUCACGUCUGCUCCGUCUGCUCCCUUACGGAUUUCUCCUUGUCGCCCUGGUUGUAGAACUCCUCUAUGACCCGGGCCGUCCACUGCUUGUGUAGAGCGAGGGGCUUGGCGGCGUGGGCGAUGUCGGCCGCGCGGAGCAUCAUACCCAGCACCGUGCGAAGGUCAGACAGCUCGUGCACCUUCCAGCCUGCAGACCAAGACACACACCACACCACACCACAGCAAAGGUGUGUGUGUGUGUGUGUGUGUAUUGUGCAUUUCACCUCUGGCCAUAGAGUUUUUGAAUGUGGUGGUGGUGAGGAAGUGGCGCUCGAUGUCUGUGUCGAGGACGGCCUCGAUGAUGAUCUGACGCAGCACCACCUGCUUCUCAACCGGGAAGGCCGACAAGAUCUGCACGAUUUCCGAGGAAAAGAACACAUUAGAGAUAUGAGUAUCCUGUGGCUGCGUGUCCUGGGUGUGCGUGUGUGGUCGGCUGACGUUGCUCGGUCUGAGCCGCAUGACCAUGAAGGCGAUGCAGCCUGAUGGGAGAUGGGAGAGGGGCACAGGGGGAGGGAGAGAGGGAGGGAGGGAGGGGUCAGCUUCGUUUGUUGUGGCUCGUUUCGUUUCACGUGUGGCGGGGUGGCUUACAGUGGAGGUUCUCGUGGACACACUUGUCGUUGAACAGCAAAGCCUGCAUCGUAUUGGCGUUCUUGUGGUAACUGCAGCAGCACACACACACACACACACAAUCCACCCUCUCCCCCUCUCCCCCCUCCCUCUCUCCCACUCACUUGUUGGUCCUGCCAUUGUGACCAACGUCAUGUAUGGCGGCCGCAAUGAGGAUGGCAAAGCCAUAGGCAGGAUCGACGUUCCAGUCGAGGGCCGCACCGCAGACCUGCUCCCGCUCUCUGCUCUUCUCGUCGAUGGGCGAGGCCCCAGCGAUGGUCCUCGACCGCCGGGCCGCCAGACAGGCAGUGGACGGCUGGGGACGACAGAUGUCGAGGGACCCGACGUCACCCAGAGAGGUCGUCACAGUGGCGGCAGAACCCCUGCACCACACACAGACAGAGACAAACACACAGACACAGACACAUGGGAGUGUGCUUAGUUAGUUGGGGUGGUGUGUUGGAGUGUCUGACUGACUGACCCUGAUGCAGUGGCGCUCGCUGUGGUGGACGAGGUCAGCGGUGAGUUGAGUUGCAUGACGGCAGGCGAUGUGUGUGGUGGUGGUGGGUUGAGUGGGGUUGCGGGGCAUGACGCCGCCGUGGGAAACCCCCCGUUUUGGUUCAACAAAUCGCACGACCGAUCGAAUUGGCGGAGGAAGUAAUAAGUCGAAUUCAGCACGUCCGCACCUACAGGCAGGCAAUGACAUACGGUGUCGUCGACAGUUUCUCAUGUGUGGGCGCGCGCGCGCGUGUGUGUGGUUGGUUGGUACCGUGAAUUGCGUUGUGGUAGAAGUUUUGUCUGUAUCUGACUUCGAUGUUGCUGAGGAAGUUGGAGAGCUUGUCGUGGCUCACACCCAGCUUGUCGGCCCACGGCCGCAGCAACCAGUAGCCAGCGUGGCACAACGCACGGCCGCCGGAUGCUGCACAUCACACACACACACACACACACUCUAUGUCAGGUGGGGGGUGCGUCUGCCAUGGCCAUGUGUCUGUGUGUGUGAUUGUGUCAAGUACCCUUGUCAACUUCGAACAAGUCAGCCUGCCAUGUGCCGAGCUGGGAGUAGGUCGACUCGUCCUGACGCGCCGACACGACCGACCAACACGCAACAGACGUCACUCAUUGCACAGCUGUUAUGUGCCGUCAUCCCCUUCCCCCUUCCCCUCCCCGUCGGCGUACCUCUGUUCUCAUCCUCGGGAUGCUCACAUCAGGCUCCCUCUCUGCCAACACACGCAGAGCAGACACACACCCCAAUCACAAACCCAGGCGGAAUCUGCCGUGUGCCUCACUCCCUCCCUCGUGUGACCACCGGACCUCUAUAGUGCAGCGGACAGAUGAGGUGCUCCAGCAGCUGGUGCUCCGUGUCGAACUCAAACGACCCCCGACUGGUCGCCACACUCGUCCCCCGGCUCCCAGCGUCGCUCCCAGCGGUGGCCCCAGCGGUGCUGCCGUCUGUCGUGCCGCCCGCGGGCAUGCUGUUCGAGUGCGAAGGCUGCCCGCCAGUGGACUGGUUGGGCGUGAUGUCGGUGUCGGACCGCUCGGAGGUCUCCACUAGGGUGGGCAGACGGCUGGUCGUCUGACGGCUGCGCUCUGUGUACUCAUUCAGGAAACUGACACACACACACACACACGGGGGAGGGAGGGAGGGCGUGUAUGCGUGUGUGGUUGGGGCGUUCAUGCCUGCGUGUUUACCGAAUCAUGUUGGAUGAGCGCGAGAGGCCGGGAAUUCCCCCAGCGGACCGCGACAGCUCCGCAGAGAUGUCAACACUGAACGCGAAGACGCACACAGAAACGAAGCCGCAUCAGCAUCAGCAGUUGUCCUCCCUCCCACUGUGUGUCAAUCUGUUUGUUCAUCAUGGGUACCUGAAGAGGUUCUCGCCAGAUCGAAGGUCGUCGAUACUCGACGUGAGCGAUUCGACGAACUUCUGCCAGUCGAGCGCGGUGACGAGCUCGUGGAGCGGCUCCUGGCUGCCGUUGGACGGCACGCCCUCAUGGUGGCCACCGAUGUGCGCUAUCUGAAUGACCACGGAGACGGAGGGAGGGAGGAAGGGAGGUGGCAAUGAUGCUCUCCGUCUGUUGGUUUGCUGGUGCGCGUGCGUGAGCUGCCUGCUGACCUUGACGGCUUCCUCCAGCCCGACUUUGACGUAGUUGAGCUUCUCCAGAAUGUUCUCAAAGCGAGUCUGGAAGUGCUUCUGCUGCCUGAUUGACACAGCCACACACACACACACACACAGAGAGAGAGAGAGAAAAGGGUCAGCGGCCAUCCAUCCAUCCAUCCAUCCAUUCGGCUCACUUUCUUGACUCCAUCUUGUGCAGCUUGUGUGUGAGGUACUGGACGCGUUUGUUGAGCGACGACCGCUCUAUGGCGUGGUUGGCCUUGUCGCGCUCGUGCCGCUCCUGCGUCUCACACAGGUGCUCGUUGAGAGCGUGCACCUGGUACGUCCCCAGCACAAGCAGCCCGACCGAAAACAGCAUAAACGUCACAUCACCUGAACACACACACACACACGGACACACACAUUCAUGUCGGCUGCUACAUAGAUGGCAACACACACAGACACACACAUGCCGGCCGUCACACAUACACCCACAUCCAUCCAUCCAUCCAGUCUGUUCUUACGGGGCAGCUCGGCUAUCUGCUUAGCAAGCAUGUCAGCUAUCUGCUUACGCAGCAGUUCCUGCUCCUCCCACAGCAGCCGGCUCUUCCCGUGGAUGUAGGCAGCCACAUAGAUGACCGCCCAGCUCACCACCAUCCACCCACACAGGUACAACGACAGCCGCUUCUCGAGCUGAAAGGCCAGCACGGCUCCGAACAUGAGCACGACGCAGAGGAAGAUGGCGGUGCUGUCGGAGGUGUCGGGCCUGAAGUCCUGGUCGGGGACGGUGUCGAAGAAGAUGACAAGGCGGUUCUGCUCCACCAUGAAGAUAAAGGGGAAAUGCAACACGUAUAACGAUGUCAACACCUGAUCAUAUCAGACACACACCCAACCGCACACAGACAUGGAAAGAGGAAGACGCUUCUCUCUCUCUCUCUCUCUCUGUGGCGUGUGCGUGUGUGUGUGUGUCUGUGUGACUGACGAUACCAUGGAAGAUUUCCGUCUGAAGCAUUCUUUCGCCCAGUCGGCCUUCCACAGCAUGCAGAGAAUCCACCCAAGGAUGAUGGCGAUGAGUAUGGCGCGGUACAUGAGCACGAAGUAGAGGAUGUCGAUGCUGUCCCACUUGACGUAAUACCAGUAGAUGUCGAACCCCAUCCACACCAGGUUGAACACCAGGUACACCCAAGGGAUCAGACGCCGCCACCGAGAACGGUUCUGGAGCAGAAACUCCUUCUUGUUUUGGUCACGAUUCACGCGAAACGCUGAAAAGGGACAGACAGAUGGACACACACACACGUUGCACAAACGGUCUCUGCCACAGCUCUUGUGAAGGCAUUCUGGAAUCUGCGCUCACUGGAGUCAAAAAUCCUCAUUGCCGCGACUAUAGACCUGGACCUUCUUGGCGCAUUCCUCUGCUCGGAGGAGGGCGUGACCUCCAGCUGCCCAAAGUCCGAUAUAUAGCUGAUCGAGUGCUGCAGGUUGACGGUCGAGGGGGCUAUCGACAAAUCGCUGACAGGGAUGUUCUGCUGCGACUGCGACUGAAAGGGCUGGGAGGGGGGCGGGUGCAGCGCCACCACAGGCGCAGAGCGGUGAGAGCUGCGGGGGGACGACCUGCUGGGCGAGCCGGGGGACUCGUCGCGGUGGUGUCUGCUGUCAUGAUGGUGCUGAUGGUUGGCAGGCUGGGAGUGGGAGUGGCCGGAGUGGCCUGAAGAAGACUUGGGUGGUCUGAGGUGUGUGUUGGUGGGGUCGCUGGCCGACGGGGGGAUCUGUGUGUUGUUGCCCAUCACCUCGUCAUGGUUGUCCAUGCUGAACGACACGCGACGCUCGGACUUGCUCGGCUGCGGGGGCGGGUGGUUGCGGUGGGGGUGAUUCUCACUCAUCGGGCGAGGCCGAGCCACGAUGGGAUCCGAUAAAGCUGAUGCCGAUGGGAUGGCUGGCAAGGGUGCGGCGCAUGCCACACGCGCACAGCCGAGGAACGUCCCAAAACCCUUCCUGGACUCUGAGCUGAUCUCGGCAGCUGAGUGCGGCGCUGGCAGCGGCGGAUCUACGACCGCUCCUCCAGCGGCCUUGGCAACGCCAUCUGCUGAUUGUAGGUGCUGAUCUUCGUUCUCGAGUGAAUGUGCUCGCGGAUCUCCAGAUUCCCGAAUAACACGAAUCGUGGUUGGCUACGUGUUGAGGUCGGUACGCCACAGUCACUGACGCAACAGCAUCCUUCUGCG